AUGUUAAGGAGACAAGCUAGAGAGAGAAGGGAGUAUUUGUACCGCAAGGCACAGCAGCUACAGGAACAGACGCUGAUCGAGAAGCGUAGGAAACUGACAAAUGCUUUGGCUACAGGAAAAAACCUGCCAAAAGAGGUUGCUGAUGACCAACAGCUUCAGCAGGACUACUUGUACGACGAAUCCAUUCAGGAAACGGUGGACGACGAGUAUUCUGCGCUUUCUGGACUGAUUGAGCCAAAGAUCAUCAUUACUACUUCCAGAAGUCCGUCUUCGAGACUGGCACAAUUCACUAAGGAACUCAAGUUGUUCUUCCCUAAUGCCAUGAGACUCAACAGAGGUAACUACAUUCUCAGUAAUUUGAUUGAAACAUGCAAGAAAUCGGGUGUCACCGACGUUAUUGUGGUCCACGAACAUAGGGGUGUGCCAACAACACUCACCAUUACACAUCUUCCGCACGGACCAUCCGCCACAUUCACAUUACAUAAUGUUGUGCUCCGUCACGAUAUCCUUAAUGUUGGAUCCCAGUCAGAAGCUUAUCCGCACAUCGUGUUCGAGAACUUCACGUCCAAGCUCGGUGGCCGUGUUGUUCAAGUUCUGAAACAUCUGUUCCCACCAGGAGUGAAGGAUGAGUCGCCAAGAUUGGUCAGCUUUGUGAACCAAGACGAUUUCAUUAGCGUCAGACAACAUCUUUAUGUGAGGACUAAAGACGACGUCGAGUUGAGCGAAGUUGGACCGCGUUUUGAAAUGAGAUUGUUUGAGAUGAGACUCGGCACCAUGGAUGAUAAAGAUGCCGAUGUCGAAUGGAUGCUCCGCCGGUUCGUGAGAACAGGUAAUAGAAAGAACUACCUGAGCGAGUAA